ACAUUUUGUUCGAAAUAAUCGAUUAACAUUGAUACGUGCAUAUACGAAUGACAGCUAUGGUCUACGUUAUAAACUUAAAAAUAACAAUUUGUGCCAGAUAAAUUCGCUUCGGGUGUAUCAGCCGGAUUUCUUGAUAAUAUUAUAGGUACAUACUACAUAGGUAUAUAUUAUUAUGUAUAAUACAUUACCACCAGCAUGUGACAUUGACAAAGAGCUAGUUCUUAGUACUUUAGUAAUCUUAUCUUAAUAGUCUAUAUGAUAAUAGUUAAAACUUUUUCACGGGCAAUAUUCAUUUCCAAUAUUUAGGCCCGCUUCACAGCGACGCGUUCGUACGCGGCGUACAAAAACGCCGAUACGUGGCGUUUUUUUUGCGCGUCGUAUUUUGUUUUCACAUCGACGCGUAUUUUUGAAGCGUUUAGUUAUCGACGAAAUAGAAAUAUAAUAGUCAGUUGUGUACUUGUGCGUCAGACGUCAGUAGUCUUCCAAAAAUGAAUACACGUGUGUUAUUACUCUAUGGAGCUUAUUAUAUUAUAAAGAAAAGAAAAAACCGUAAAUUAAAAAAGCGGAGAAUGUGGGUUCAUCCUUUACUUGCGCAAAGAAUUUUAAAAGGAAGUUUUUCAACCAUGUACGGGGAUUUAAGAGACAAUGAAAAUAAAUUUUUUAAUUAUUUUCGGAUGUCCAUCAAGUCAUUCGACGAACUUCUCUCAAAAUUAGAAAGUGGAAUUAAAGUUUCAAAUAGUGGUCGUCCAUCAAUUUCACCUACAGAACGAUUAUGUGUGACAUUAAGGUACUUGGCAUCAGGUAAUACAUUUACUGAUCUACAGUAUUCAUAUAGAAUGGGAAUAUCUACAAUUAGUGGUAUCGUUGAGUAUGUAUGUGAACAAAUUUGGAAAAUGAAAUCUGAAUGUAUACCUCUACCUACAGAAGAAAAAUGGAGAGAAAUUUCUUUGGAUUUUGAAAAAAAUACUAAUUUUCCUAACUGCAUCGGUGCAUUAGACGGGAAACAUAUUCGCGUUAUUAAGCCUAUCAAAAGCGGUUCACUUUUUUAUAACUACAAACAUUAUUAUUCUAUAGUGUUGAUGGCAAUUAGUGAUGCAAAUUAUUGUUUUACAUUUGUUGAUGUUGGAGCAUAUGGAAAAUUUAGUGAUUCGUCUGUCUUCAAAAAUGGAAAAUUCUUUGAAAAACUUGAAAAUGAAACAUUAUCUAUUCCUCAACCUAAACCUCUACCAGGAGAUAACGAGAAUGGUCCUUUACCUUACGUAAUUUUAGCCGACGAAGCUUUUGGAGUUUCUAAAACUAUUUUAAGACCAUAUGCUAGAAGUAACUUAAAUUAUAAAAAAAAAAAUUUUAAUUACCGUCUAUCACGGGCUAGAAGGUAUAUUGAAUCUAGUUUUGGAAUUUUAUCCAACAAAUGGAGGAUUUUUCAUAGACCGAUGAAUACAAGCGUUGAACUUUCAACAAAAAUCGUAAAAGCUUGUUGUGUACUUCACAACUUUGUUCGUGUAAGAGAUGGAUAUAAAUUUGCCCACACAUUGAGUAUACAAGGUUUUGAAACUUCAAAUGAUACAAUAGAUACACAAAACAGAUCCGGCAAUACAAUCAGAGACAUGUUUGCAAAUUAUUUUUUGACUGAUGAAGGAAAAGUCGAAUGGCAAGAUAAGAUGAUACAUUAAAUUUGUUUUUUUUUCCUACAAUAUUAGUUAUUACAAUAAGAUCAUUUUUUAUUUUACUUAUUAAACUUAUAUAAUAAACUUGUUUAACCAUACCUAUAGUAACUAGUAAGAUACAUUAAAAUAUAACAGUUUUUUUGUAAAGUAUCAGCUAAUGUUGGUGCUAAUAAGUAGUAUAAUAAAUAAACUAGUUAUGGAUGUAAGUAGUACUCAUAAUAUGUCUUUCUUUUAUGCCUAUAUAAUUUAAUAAUAACUACAUAGUUCUUAGGAUUAGUAUUAUAUUAUUUCUGUAUUAACUAUA